UCAGUCGCUUACAUGCGUUUUACGUAUCGAUCAUGUGACUUGCGCCGUGGAAAAUGACCGCUGGAUCCAGCCAGCAGAAUGCUGCAGUGGUCUUAUUAAUCAGUCAUUUAUGUUUCUAUGGGGGUUAUCAACUGACUGAGUUACAGGUAGGCCUGUGCCAUCGCUGCAACGGGACAGUCCAGAAUGGCACCGCCGUGAGCCAGUUCUGUUCCGCGUCUGCGGGUUUGAUUGAUGGCCGCUGCUGCCUGCAGCGAAAGGAAAACACCAGGGAUGCUGACUACAUCAUUGGGUUGGACCUAUCAAACUGUUCCCUAAGCCACGUUGAAGACCUUCAAGAUGCAUUCAACGCUACAACAAUAGAUCUGUCACUGAACCCCAUUGUAAACCUGAACAAUGCCCUGUUUGAAGGCUUUAUCCAGUUGGCUAACCUGAUUCUGCCCGCCAACCUGGUCUGUCCAGGAGGCAAUGCAUCAUGGGAUAAGAUGGAGGUCAAAGGGGAGACUCGUGUUUGUGAAGGACAGGAGGACAUCUGCAACCAGACUGGCCAUUUGUCGUUGAACUGCCCUGAGAACUCCCUCUGUGCCCCAUACGGUCCCGGCUUCUUUCAAUGUAGCUGUGUGGAUGACUUCUAUGGAUACAAGUGUCUUCGAGAGGGAGAGUUUCCUAUAAUCCAGGUGUUCGGGCCUCUAGCGGGCUCCACGGUCCUGGUCUCCAUCCUGCUAUGGGUCACCCAAAGACGCAAGGCCAGAUCAAUCUGAAGUUCUACCCGAGCCUCUGGUCUGAGGCCUAGUCCUAGGACUCUAUGGACAACACUGACAUUUUCAAGUGGUACUGACCUGAAACGGCAGGGAAAAUGCUGAGUGGACUGUUGAUUGAGGAGACGGUCUCAGGGAUUAGGGUUAAUGUUAUAGUGCUGACAGUGGACUGUUGAUUGAGGAGAUGGUCUCAGGGGUUAAUGUUGUAGUGCUGACAGUGGACUGUUGAUUGAGGAGAUGGUCUCAGGGGUUAAUGUUGUAGUGCUGACAGUGGACUGUUGAUUGAGGAUAUGGUCUCAGGGGUUAAUGGUAUAGUGCUGACAGUGAGCUGUUGAUUGAGGAGAUGGUCUCAGGGGUUAAUGGUAUAGUGCUGACAUUGAGCUGUUGAUUGAGGAGAUGGUCUCAGGGGUUAAUGUUAUAUUGCUGACAGUGGACUGUUGAUUGAAGAGAUGGUCUCAGGGGUUAAUGGUAUAGUGCUGACAGUGAGCUGUUGAUUGAGGAGAUGGUCUCAGGGAUUAAUGUUAUAUUGCUGACAGUGGGCUGUUGAUUGAGGAGAUGGUCUCAGGGGUUAAUGGUAUAGUGCUGACAGUGGAGUGUUGAUUGAGGAGAUGGUCUCAGGGGUUAAUGGUAUAGUGCUGACAGUGAGCUGUUGAUUGAGGAGAUGGUCUCAGGGGUUAAUGGUAUAGUGCUGACAGUGAGCUGUUGAUUGAGGAGAUGGUCUCAGGGGUUAAUGUUAUAUUGCUGACAGUGGACUGUUGAUUGAAGAGAUGGUCUCAGGGGUUAAUGGUAUAGUGCUGACAGUGAGCUGUUGAUUGAGGAGAUGGUCUCAGGGAUUAAUGUUAUAUUGCUGACAGUGAGCUGUUGAUUGAGGAGAUGGUCUCAGGGGUUAAUGGUAUAGUGCUGACAGUGGACUGUUGAUUGAGGAUAUGGUCUCAGGGGUUAAUUGUAUAGUGCUGACAGUGAGCUGUUGAUUGAGGAUAUGGUCUCAGGGGUUAAUGGUAUAGUGCUGACAGUGAGCUGUUGAUUGAGGAGAUGGUCUCAGGGGUUAAUGGUAUAGUGCUGACAGUGGGCUGUUGAUUGAGGAGAUGGUCUCAGGGGUUAAUGGUAUAGUGCUGACAGUGGGCUGUUGAUUGAGGAGAUGGUCUCAGGGGUUAAUGUUAUAGUGCUGACAGUGAGCUGUUGAUUGAGGAGAUGGUCUCAGGGGUUAAUGUUAUAGUGCUGACAGUGGGCUGUUGAUUGAGGAGAUGGUCUCAGGGGUUAAUGGUAUAGUGCUGACAGUGAGCUGUUGAUUGAGGAGAUGGUCUCAGGGGUUAAUGUUAUAGUGCUGACAGUGGGCUGUUGAUUGAGGAGAUGGUCUCAGGGGUUAAUGGUAUAGUGCUGACAGUGGGCUGUUGAUUGAGGAGAUGGUCUCAGGGGUUAAUGGUAUAGUGCUGACAGUGGGCUGUUGAUUGAGGAGAUGGUCUCAGGGGUUAAUGGUAUAGUGCUGACAGUGAGCUGUUGAUUGAGGAGAUGGUCUCAGGGGUUAAUGGUAUAGUGCUGACAGUGGGCUGUUGAUUGAGGAGAUGGUCUCAGGGGUUAAUGGUAUAGUGCUGACAGUGGGCUGUUGAUUGAGGAGAUGGUCUCAGGGGUUAAUGGUAUAGUGCUGACAGUGGGCUGUUGAUUGAGGAGAUGGUCUCAGGGGUUAAUGGUAUAGUGCUGACAGUGAGCUGUUGAUUGAGGAGAUGGUCUCAGGCCCAUGUGACAUGUGUCUAGACUUCUCUUUGAAAGGCAGCUAUGCUUUAAUUUAUUCUAAACAAUUUGGGAGGGUGGGUGAUGCUCAGUGUUUUAAUCGCCACAAAUUAUGCAAUUAUCGUACAGCUUGCAGCCAUUUAUCUAGAUAAAACAUGGCGUUAUGUUCAACAUAAGCUGGAACUCAAUUUAUGUUCCAACCGUGGUUACAAAGAGGUUUACUGAGACUCCAUGUGGAUUGUAGUAGGAGCUAUGAAUGUGCAAUAUAAAUUGCAAUAGCAACAAAAUAUUAUAAUUGUCUGGGAAAACUGACAACAUAUCAAGAUAUCGAUUGAUAAAUCACAUUAUAGGGAGACAUGAGCAAAACCCCUUGCUUGCAGACGGCACCGCUAAAGUUGACUUGUUCGUACGUGUACAGAUCGAUUGAUGUUAUAAACCAAAUGGGUUGCCUUUUGUGUUUUACCCUGGAUUAAAGAAAGAUGUUAUACACAGA